UUAACAUAAAUAAAUCUCAUUAUCCAAAAUGUCCAAAAUAAAUAUACAACCUCUUUUUUAUAACAACAAAUUAAAUAUUUUGAAAACGUUUGGUAAAAUACUUUAAUUCAUAAAAGAAUUAUUUUUAGCGCCUCAAUAUAAUUUUGAGUGCUUAUGAAUUGUGGAGGGGGAAAUAUAUCGAAGAAAGGCACUAUUGGGGCUAUUCUGCCGAGUGCUCUCUCUCUCUCUCUCAACCCACACGCAACGCAACGCAAACGGUGUGCGGACACCCAAACUUCUCACUCCUCCGCUCCCUCUCAUGGCUCCCAAAAACCUCGCAUCCAGUAAAAGAAGACCCAAACAAGACGAUAUGCCAACUCCAGCUUACGCUAAAGAGCAAUCCGACCAAGGAGCCGGUUCCAAUUCCGCCAGCGGAGCAGCAGGAAAAGCCGCCACGAUACUCGUGCCGGCGAAGAAACCCAAAUUCGCCACGCCCUUCAAACAGCCAGCACCGGAACCCGUCGAAAACGGUUCUGCAUGCUCCUCACCAUCCGCAUCCGGCUUCAUUAUAGCGCCCUCGCAGAAGCCCCGCAGGGAGAAGAAGACCACCCCCGUGGCCAAGGUAUUCACUGACGACGAUGUGAUUUCGCUGCUGAAAGGGCUCGCUGUUUUCUGGGCGAAUGGCAGGAACAAUAAGUGGGCGGAAUUUCACCACUUCGUCAAGGAUGAUCUGCCGAAUCAGUUCACCAAGACUCAGGUAUCGGAGAAGAUUCGGAACCUGAAGAAGAAGUUCGAUGCUAAUGUGGGGAGAGCUAGGGCGAAUGGGGGCCGGAUCUUUCUGUCCGACCCUCACGAAUCGGCUGUGUUUGAGCUGUCGAAGGCCUUGUGGGGAGAUGAUAGCGGCAUUGCGCAGGAAAAGGGGGGACUGAGUGAGAAUGGGGAUGGAGAGGUGCUUGAGAAUGAUGAAGGAAGUAAGAGCAGGAAGAAGCGGAAACAAGUGGGUGAGCACGGUGAAGAGACCGAGAAAAUGAGGAAGCGGGAGCACGGAAUAGAGGAGGUAUUUAAAGAAGGAGGCGAGGGUGAAGCAGCCAACGCGGUAUUGGAGGAAGGCGACGUGCGUGAUGCAGCCAACACGAUUCUCAGCAUAAGGAAACUGGUCGAGAAAGAUGGCGAAAGCAGCAAAAAAAAGAGGAAGAAGAAAAAGAAGAAGAGGAAACAAGGGAAUGAAAUAGCGAUGGAAGGGAUGCAGGUGGAGGGGACUGAUGAGGGAAACAAGAUAUCCACCAAACAGAAGCAAGUCGAUGGGAGUGGUGAAAGAAACAAGAAGACGAGGAAAACAAAACUAGUGGAUGAAUGUGGAGAAGUUUUGAAAGGGAAUCAAGCGGAUCAGCAUGAAGAAGAAGAGUUAUUGAUAGAAGGGAAACAAGUAGAUGAGCAUGAAAAACAAGAUAAGACAUCUAAGAAGCAAAAACAAGUAGAUGGACAUGAUGUGGAGAAAGAUUUAGCUAAACAAGGGAAGCGAGCGGAUAACCACCGUGAAGAACACGAUAUACCAUUACCUGCAAACCAAACACAGAAGAUGGGGAUUAGUGUCGAUGAUUUUCGGUCUGCAUGCCCACUCUUGUAUGCAUCAUUUAACAUCUUUGGCCCCAAGUUUGCCAUGAAGGAAUGUGUUUCCAUUAGUCCAGAGAAUGCACUUGAGCUUGAAGAGAAGUGGAGGAAACUCAAUGCCGAGUUGCAUCGCUUGGAGCUUAAAAAGCUUGAUAGGAAGCACAGAGUAUGUUUGUUUUUAACAGAUAAGCUUGAUACUGGAGCAGAGCUAUUGGAACUUGAAACGGUUUCAAUAAGAUAUUUUAGCAGUCUUCCUGUUCUAGUCUGAGGUUGUUCUUUCUCGAUGCAUUUUCAACCUCAGUUUUGUGUUCAAUUUAUUAGGUCAUCCAAAAAUUAUAAUGCUGGUAUCACAUUCAUUAUGGUGGAUGCUUGUAGGAACUAUGUAUUUGUUUCAAUCCAUUCCUAAACUAUCAUUUAGGUUUGCGGAGUUGCAAACAGGGAAUUUGUCUAAAGCGGAGUAGCUACUUCUGUAUUUUAAGUGUUAAAUAGUACGCCCUCCGUCCAUGAAACAUCUUCCUAAGGGGAGACGGCACGGGUUUUAAGAAAAGUUAGUUGCAUAUUUGGUGAGUGAAGAUGGGGUCUCACAAAUUAGAAAAAGUGGUGAUAGUUGGUGGGGUUAUUUUCAAAAGUGGUGGGUACAUUAGUGGCAAUGUGUGUAAAUAUAUGAGAAUGGUAAGAGUGAUAGUUAGUUGAAUUAUUUUCAAAAAUGGACUAGGAAGUUGUUUGAUGGACAGACGAAAAUGGAAAAAAUAGGAAGAUGUUUCAUGGACAGAGGGAGUACAUUGAUUUUCUCACUUUCUUAUAGUCUCUGAUUUCAUUGAUCUUCAUGCUUCCAUUGCCUUAAUAAUUAUAUUUGGUGUUGGGUCAUUUUUAUAUAUUCAUAAUCUUGCACUCUACCAGCAUCCUGGUACAAUUUUUCGGAAAUGCUUCUGCUGAUAUAUUUAUGGUCGUAAUUUACAGCUUUUCCAUUAUGUGUAGAAUUUAUGAGAUGUGAUACUAUUAUAUGUUUCAGUACAAUUCUAUCACGGUCUCUUGUUUUAGAUUUGUCGUUAAUUGUUUAUUCUUUGAGCAUGCAGCUGCUCAUACCAUCAUCUCGACUUAGUAGUAAAGACAUUCUUUGUUGUGAUGACCUUGUAACAUUUGCAGUUUCCUGAGGUUUGGCGUUUGGCUUGGUUUUCGUAUAAUAUGAUACAAAAUCCAAUGCGUCU